AUGCACGGCGUCUCACGAUCGCUGCGUCAGGUCAGCCGACGCGCUGCCAAGCAAGCGUCGACCAAACCCGCGCUCUUGCAGGGUGCUCGCACGUUGGUUACCAAGGCCGCCGCCCCCCAGCCCACCAUCGCGGCUGUUCAGUCCGCCAAGGCCGGUGCCUCUUCGGGUGAGUGGCAUGCGUCCCCUUCCCUGGUCAGAUCGACCCAGACCCAGGCAGCUGUGUACGCUGUACUGGACUCACGCUGGACGCAGAAUGGUGUGCUCGGCGUGGCAGCGGAGCACGGGGGAGCGACCUCUCGUUGGCCCGCCUGCGUCUUCCGCCAACCCACCCCCGACCGAGGCUCCGCUACACGAAUCGCAUUGCUAAUCAUUGCCCCAUCGUCCUCUCUAUCCUCUCUAUACCAGUCCGAUCUUACGCCACGGCUCAACAGGGCGCGACUGGUCAGAUCAAGACCGUUAUCGGUGCCGUCGUCGAUGUGAGUCCGCCCAUCCGCUCCGCUCCAUUCCCGGGCGUGGGCCUUACUCUGGCGCGCUGGCGUUUGGCGCCGGCGCUGGCCGCGUGUUCGCCCCUGCGCUUGCGCAUCGUUGCGCAUCGUUGCGCAUCGUUGCGCAUCGUCGCGCAUCUGGCGCGCGCACGGCAGCCGGAAGCUCGCAAUGCUGGGCCUCGCUUGCCCCGACUGCUCCCGAUCGCCUGGCCCUGUUCACCCCUCGUGCCCAUCAUUUUCUCCGUCUCGCGCAUCGACACCAUACCACCGCUCAGUGCAGCAAUCGAAUCCACACGGACGAGCACGUGAACUGACACUUGAUUUUCAUUGCAACCCACCAGGUCCAAUUCGAUUCGGAUGAUCUCCCCCCCAUCCUCAACGCCCUCGAGGUCCAGGGCUUCGAGCACCGCCUCGUCCUUGAGGUCGCCAUGCAUCUCGGAGAGAACACCGUCCGAACCAUUGCCAUGGACGGUGAGUCAGCUUGAUGAUCUUGAGGUUUUCAGGGUCGACUCCUCGUUGUCCACUUGAGCCCUUGCCUGCGUGCGUGAUCGCCCUGCUGAUGCGCGUCCUCCCUUUGCCCUCCCCUCUUCCUCUUCCUUAGGUACCGAGGGUCUCGUCCGUGGCCACAAGGUCGUCGACACAGGAAACCCCAUCAUGAUCCCAGUCGGGCCCGGCUGCCUCGGUCGCAUCAUCAACGUCAUCGGUGAGCCGAUCGACGAGCGUGGACCCAUCAAGGCGACCACCUACCGACCCAUCCACGCCGAACCCCCCGCCUUCGUCGACCAAUCGACCGCGCCCGAAGUCCUCGAGACCGGUAUCAAAGUCGUCGACUUGCUCGCCCCCUACGCUCGUGGUGGAAAGAUUGGCCUUUUCGGUGGUGCCGGUGUCGGCAAGACCGUCUUGAUUCAAGAGCUCAUCAACAACGUCGCCAAGGCCCACGGUGGUUUCUCCGUCUUCACCGGUGUCGGUGAGCGCACUCGUGAGGGUAACGGUGAGUCUAGAUAUGAACCUUUUUCGCUCCGUCUGCGGCGUGUCCUCGAGCGUGCAUAGUUCGUGUGCUCACAUUCUCGUGCCUUGCCCCUUUUCCUUACGCGCUUCCUCGUCCUCGCCGUCUUCUUGCUGCAUCCUCCGCCGCUUCUUUGGCCUCCAGAUUUGUACAAGGAAAUGAUCGAGACCGGUGUCAUUCAAUUGAACAACGACAAGUCCAAGACCGCCCUCGUCUUCGGUCAGAUGAACGAGCCCCCAGGUGCCCGUGCCCGUGUCGCCUUGACCGGUCUUACGAUCGCCGAGUACUUCCGUGACGACGACGGACAAGAUGUGCUCCUCUUCAUCGACAACAUCUUCCGCUUCACCCAAGCCGGUUCCGAGGUGUCGGCCUUGCUCGGUCGUAUCCCCUCCGCUGUCGGAUACCAACCCACGCUCUCGACCGACAUGGGUGGUAUGCAAGAGCGAAUCACCACGACCAAGAAGGGUUCCAUCACCUGUGUACAGGCCGUGUACGUGCCCGCCGAUGAUUUGACCGAUCCCGCCCCGGCCACGACCUUCGCCCACUUGGACGCCACCACCACCUUGUCGCGUGGUAUCGCCGAGUUGGGUAUCUACCCCGCCGUCGACCCCCUCGACUCCAAGUCGCGCAUGCUCGACCCCCGCAUCGUCGGACAGGAGCACUACGACGUCGCGACCGCCACGCAGCGCAUCCUGCAAGCCUACAAGGGUCUCCAGGAUAUCAUUGCCAUUCUCGGUAUGGACGAGUUGUCAGAAGAGGACAAGAUGACGGUCGAGCGUGCCCGAAAGAUCCAGAGGUUCAUGUCACAGCCCUUCGCUGUCGCUGAAGUCGUGAGUCCCGCUCUGGUGUCCUGGGGGCCGUCACGUCGAGAACGUGUUGCUGAUCGAUUACCUUGGGCUCCACGCGUUUUACACAGUUCACCGGUAUCAAGGGUGAGCUCGUUCCCCUGAAGGAGACGAUUAAGUCGUUCAAGUCGAUCUUGGCCGGCGAGAUGGACCACUUCCCCGAAAACGCCUUCUACAUGGUCGGCAACUUGGACGACGUCAAGGCCAAGGCCGAGCGAUUGGCCAAGGAGUUGGCUGACAGUGAGAACUAG